GAGCUGCUGCUAUUCCUUUUGUUUUCAUCAUCAUCAUCUUUAUCAAUUUUAGGUUGCUAAUGUUAUUGUUAAAUUGGGAUUAUGUGUUACCAAGAUAUUUAGUUGGCCUGGAUAACUGUAUGGGCAGAGAAGUAUGACAUAGUGGAAAUCUUCCUGGAUUUGGAGACAGAAGAACUCCAUACAAAAUAAGUCUCUGUUCCUUUACCCCUUUUGUGAUUUUAGGGAAGUCCACUUCUCAAGACUUCAGUAUCUUCCUGUGCCAAAUGGGUAGUUGGAUAAUUUCCUUCAAUGUUAGGAUCUUAAUAUAACAUAGGCACUUGCUUAUGAUAUUAAGAUAUGAUAAAAAAAGAGUGCUCUUUUUUAAAAAAAACCUUGAUUCUCACAGAGACACUAUGAAGUAAGUAGAAUAGUAUCCUAAUUUUGUAUUAUCCCUAUUUUGCAGAUAAAUAAAAUGAGGCCUAAAAGCUAUUGAGGAAUUGCCCCAAAAUGCAGAGCAAAGUAAUUAGAAAUGCCACAUCCAACUUUUAUUCUUUUCAGAGUUUAGGCACCUUUUCAAUCAGAAGGAGAACAUCUAUGCAGUGUCAAUAUACAUUGUACUAGGAAUCAGGAUACCUGUGUUCUGGUUCUUACUGAGGUAUUAAUUAGUUUUGUGACUGAAAUAGUAUGCUUAAUAAAACUAUAGACCUAGAUGACCUCUUACAUCCCAUCUAGCUUUAACAUUCUGUGAUCUUCAGUAUUAUUCUAUCUCAUAGAACCUGGAAUCCAGGUUUUUAGGGAAUGUUAACCUUUAGCUGCUUAGUGAAAGAAAAAAACCUGACUUUAGGGAGGCAGACUUGCCUCUCAUUGGGGCAACUACUGGUUAGCCUCAGUUUUUGAGCAGCUUGUUUGUAGGAGAAUAUUCUCCUGAGGAUAUUUUUUCUUAGCCAGCUUAGUUCCUAUUACUAAAAAAAAAAAACAAAAAAAACCAUAACAUAUUCUUUGUCUUGGAUUAAUUAAAAUUUGGUGUACAGGAAGAAAUAUGUCAGUUUCUCUGUCCGGUGAGGAUAAUAGGAGCAGAGAUUUAGAACUGGAAGGAACCUUAGAAAUUAUUAGAUCUUCUGUCUUCCCAAUUUUCAUAUGGGGAAACGGAGACCUGAAAGUUGUGGCUUGCCCAGGGAAACUGAGAUUUUGUGUGCAGAAGUGUCUCCAGAUAAUGUAUAACAAGGGAGCUUUGGGUCUUCAGAUUCCUUAUCUAUAAAAAAGGAAACAUUAUUUCAUGCAAUCAUAAUCUUUGUCUUUGGGAAUAUUUCAGGGGUUUUUAUGAUUCACUUGUUAAGGAUGAAGGGAUUUGUACAGUUAUGAGUUGGUCUAGACAACCUCUGGGAUCCCUCUUAAGCUCUGAGAUUGUGAGUCUCAACCACUCCCAGAUGCUGAUUUUAUGGUGGUAUUGCCAAUGUUCAUUGCUUUCAUCUUGUCAGGUGUGUUUCACACCCUUUUGAGGAUGCAUUUUCCCCUUUGGUAAAGCAAGCAGAAUGUGCCUUCAUUAUGAAUGGAACUAUAAUUAAAAUAAUAGCUGCCUCCUUAUAACACCUUUCAUCUGAGAAUCUUGAGGUGCUUUCCAAACACACUUUGUUGGCUAUCAUUAUAAUGCCCAUUUUCCAAGUGAGGAAUCUGAGACCCUGAAAGGGAUAGAACUGAGAUUUCUCUUGCACAGCCUGUGCAACUUUCAACAAAUAUUUAUUAUUAAGCACAUAUUGCUUACCAGAAGAGAUAAAGACUUAAAAUGGAAAGAAUCCUUGUUCUCAAGGGUUCUCUAUUACUAAUAGUCCCUUCUGCUUUAGAUUCUGCUCUAAAUGGAAUGAAUGAAAUCUUGUGACCCAUGGGGAAGUAAUGGAAUGAUUUUACCAGUAAGGAAAGUAUGAGGAAAGCAAGGACACUUAAAAGAUCUCCUUUCUCCCUCUCCACUGGGUGCUAGUUGAGAUGAGGAGGGCCCCCACUGCCCCAUUUGAUAGUUUUACAUAAUCUUCAUGGGCUAUUUUAUAGGUUCUAAAGCUAGAAAGAGUCUAGGACAACCUCAUGAUUUACAGAUGAGGAAACUGAAAAUUUACCCAAGGGCACAAGUGGCACAAAUAAGAUUCAGACCCAGGACCUCUGACUCUAGUCACUCAAAGGCCUCUAGCAUGAAAAAGCAUGUUAGAAACUAUCCAGCUUUUUUCAAAUUCAUCCUGCCCUAAUGUAUUGUUUUGAGUGAUGUCAGCCUCAGGAACUAUGACAUCACUGAAAGGAGCAGGUCAGAAGAGAAGUGGAUUUUGGGGUCCAUCAAAGGGGACCUGGUCAUUGGCUUUGACAAGAUGGGAAAUGCCCAAAAGAACAUGACAGCUGGGAGCCAAAGGAUUUAAGCUGGAAGGAACUUUUCCACAGAAUGCCUUCUCCACCAAAGAGCGAUCUAAAGGCAACAAAGAUGAGAGCCACACUAGGACUUUUGAAACCACUAACAUUUCAGUAGCUGGGAGCUUGUGGGUGACGUUUUCCCCUUCACCCCACCCACCACCUCUGCCUUGGGCCACGAUGGUGUAUUAAUCACAGAAGAGUCAAGCUUUGUCCUUUAGUUUCGGUGGAUUGGGGUUUUGUAUGGCAGCAGCGUAACCGUGGAGAGGCCAGGGUAUCACAAACUUAUGGAUUUUGACAAGAGAGGAGGGAAAGGGGAGACGGAGGAAGGCAAAAGAAUGGCCAAGACAGGGGGGGGAAGGAGCACCCACCAUGGCUGUCGGAAUGCAGGGGCCAACUCGGGAGUCUUAAUGGUGGGCCCCAAUUUCCGGGUUGGGAAGAAGAUCGGAUGUGGCAAUUUCGGGGAACUCCGACUAGGAAAGAAUCUCUAUACAAAUGAAUACGUAGCUAUCAAAUUGGAACCUAUAAAGUCCAGAGCCCCACAACUACAUUUGGAAUACCGGUUUUACAAACAACUGGGCAAUACAGGUAAGAUUGGGAACGCUGAGACAGAAUUCUCAUGGGCACCAGGGGAAUUGACGGAAUUGAAGAGGCAGUAUUCUAGUCUGAGAGGAAAGAGAUUGAGUGAGCAAUCCUCGCACACCUAUAUGAUUCUGGAAGGGAUUCCUCAGGUUUACUACUUUGGCCCUUGUGGGAAGUACAAUGCCAUGGUGCUGGAGUUGCUGGGACCCAGUCUGGAAGAUUUAUUUGACUUGUGUGACCGGACAUUUACCCUGAAAACUGUGCUGAUGAUUGCCAUCCAACUGAUCACACGGAUGGAAUAUGUCCACACCAAAAGCCUGAUAUACCGGGAUGUGAAGCCGGAGAACUUCUUGGUGGGCCGGCCAGGGACUAAACGUCAACACACCAUUCACAUCAUUGACUUUGGCCUGGCCAAGGAAUAUAUUGAUCCCGAGACCAAAAAGCACAUCCCCUACCGCGAGCACAAGAGCCUGACAGGCACGGCACGCUAUAUGAGCAUCAACACGCACUUGGGGAAAGAGCAGAGUCGGCGGGAUGACCUGGAAGCACUAGGCCACAUGUUCAUGUACUUUCUUCGCGGGAGCCUCCCCUGGCAAGGUCUCAAGGCAGACACCCUGAAAGAAAGGUAUCAGAAGAUUGGAGACACCAAGAGAGCAACACCAAUCGAAGUCCUUUGUGAAAACUUCCCAGAGGAAAUGGCCACUUACCUGCGCUAUGUGCGACGGCUGGAUUUCUUUGAGAAGCCUGACUAUGAUUAUCUGCGGAAACUCUUCACAGACCUGUUUGACCGCAAUGGAUUCGUGUUUGAUUAUGAAUACGACUGGGCUGGAAAAUCCCUGCCAACACCAAUUGGCACCGUCCACAGUGAAAUCAGUACCCAGCCACUCAACCGGGACAAGUCCCAGGUCUUCCCCAAACACCAGGUGAUGAGCUCCACCAACGGCGAACUCAACACUGAUGACCCCACGGCUGGCCAUUCCAACGCCCCCAUCACAGCCCCUGCCGAAGUAGAGGUGGCUGACGAGACAAAGUGCUGCUGUUUUUUCAAGAGGAGGAAGAGGAAAUCCACACAGCGGCACAAGAAACGGUCCAAGGGAGCAUCGGCCCAGUCUGUCCAUGAAUCUCUGCCUGUCAAGUAUCACUUCUUUUGGUCCAUGUGUCUGGCUUGGCUGAAAGCAGCAGCUUGAGGCUAGAAGACGUAACCCAGUUACAGACCCAAGUCCCAACGUAAAGAUCGAUCGUACCUGUGCAGCUCCACGGCAGGCGAGCAAGCGUCCAUUGUGAGUUUAGUUACUGCUUUACAAAGUGUACAGAAAUGGCAUUUACAUUUCUCUGAUGCUUCCUGGAAGCCAUAGAAUUUAGGGGCUUUUUUAAAAAAAAAAUAAACAAAAAUGAAAAAGA